AUGGAAUGGAUGGACGUCACACGUUAUCAACAUCACCUGAAGGUGUUUCUUAACGAGAAUCCUUCUAGCGCCAUCUUCUUGGAAUACAUUCCCAAUAUGGAAAUUAUCUAUCUGCAUGAUUUUACAAAGAAGCAGGGAGAGGCUUUGAUCCGUGGCAUUCGAGAGAUCCACAAAGUGUUGGUUCUGCACUGCGACGCCAAACUGAGGAACAUGAUGAUUGUCAAGAAUGACCCGGAAAGUGUGGUGUGUUUAGACUUCGACAGAGCUCAAACCUCCCACGCAGAGAGCCUUACCAAGAAGGCAACGAAGGUUAAUUGA